AUGCCAUUUCCGAUGAAGAUCCAGCCGAUAGAUGUCGACUCCGAGGCCUUGAUCGAACCGGCCAGGGGCGACUUGGCGAAACCGGUCUUGAAAUCGCGGCUCAGGAGGCUGUUUGACCGGCAGUUCCCGAGCGUGCUUAGAAUUUCUUCGGCUCAGGAGAAGCCUAGCAGUGGUACUGAGCCACCGCAGCAGAGCUUCAACAACAGCAAGGAAGGAGGCAACGCCGCUGCUACCACGGAGUUCGAGCCCAGCUCGGUUUGCUUGGCGAAGAUGGUUCAGAAUUUCAUCGAAGAAAGCAACGAGAAGCAGCCACCGCAGAAAUGUGGCCGCAACCGCUGCAAUUGCUUUCACGGCAACGGCAAUGACAGCUCCGACGACGAGCUUGACGUCUUCGGUGGUGGUUUCGGCGAUUCAAUCCCCUCGGGUUCGUUCGGCGGCGACGCCUCCGAUAUUCUGAAGAGUCUGAUUCCAUGCGUGAGUGUGGCAGAGAGAAACCUCUUAGCCCAUACAGCGAAUAUCGUCGAAGCAAACAAGAAUCAGAAACAGAAAGACGAUUGGAGGAAGGUCGUCACCGACGGACUCAACUCUCUCGGCUACGAUUCCUCCAUCUGCAAAUCGAAAUGGGAGAAAUCGUCCUCUUUCCCUGCUGGUGAAUACGAGUAUAUCGAUGUGAUGGUAGAGGGCGACAGGUUGUUGAUUGACAUAGAUUUCCGAUCGGAAUUUGAGGUCGCUCGAUCCACUGGGCCCUACAAGGCCGUCCUUCAAUCCCUGCCGUACAUUUUUGUUGGAAAAUCGGACCGUCUUGGCCAGAUCGUCUCCAUCGUGUCGGAGGCAGCCAAACAGAGCCUGAAGAAGAAGGGCAUGCAUUUCCCUCCAUGGCGGAAAGCCGAGUACAUGCGCGCCAAGUGGCUCUCUCCCUACACCCGAGCCACCGCAACCAAUCCCCAAAACGACGCCGCUCCGAUGCCGGAGGUCCCAACCGUAGUUUCCGAUGCUCCGACCGAGACCGACAAUCUCAGCGAUUGUGGCGAACUCGAGUUGAUCUUCGGCAAGAGCCCGUCGCCGCCGGCUACCCCUCUGCCGUCGCCUGCGGAAAAUCCAAUUUCCGUCGAGAAGGAGGCGGUGAAGUGGCAGCCGCCGGCGAUCAAGCCGAAGAGCGUCGAGAGAGGAGCGCGGAUCGUGACCGGAUUGGCCUCGCUGCUUAAGGAGAAACCUUGA